AUGGGCACACUAGCAUCACACUCUCUUUUUGACGAAGAUUUUGAUGAACUAGGAACUGACUCCCCCCCUCCGUGAGCGAAAAAAAAAAACUUAUAAAUUUUUUUUUUUAAAAAAAUUUAGAUAUAUGUUCUAUAGAAAAUUUUUUUUUCUUCAAAAUUUAAAAAAAUUCUAAUUUGUAAAAUUUGGAAAGCAAAUAUUAUUUUAAUUUGUAAAAUUUAUGUUUAAAACACAAUUUGUUUAAAAUUAAGCAUAAUAAUUAUCACUUAUAUAUCAAAAUUUUUUUCUAUAAAAGAUUUUUAUUCGCUCAUCGAGGGUGGAUUUUUCUAAUGGUUUUUUUCGCUCACGGAGGGGGAGUGAGCAAAAUCGCCAAGAAUUAGAAGUUUAUGCAGAUAAAUUCGAGGCAAUGUUUGAUGACAUCCAAAACUAUGAGCUACCUGAUGAAUUAAUAGAUGAAAUUGAAGCUGCAUUCAAUGAGUUGUUGUGUUUAAAACAAGAAAAUAUUUUACUCAAAAAGCAAGCUCAACGACAGAGGGAAAUUCAAGAAAUCUUGAGAUUUAAAAAAGCAAAUGAAGAAAUCACACAGAGGAAAUCUAGAGGAAGCAAAGAAAACAAAAUUUUGAAAAAUACUGGAAAUCUGGGAAAUAAAGAAAAAUGGCAAAAAGUGAAGGAUGAAAAUAAAGAGGAAAAUAAGGAAAAUUUUAUACAGCAGGUAAAUUUUAUAUAGAAAAAUAAAGGAAAGAGUUCUUCUACUCCAAGAAAACCAAACUGCAUUAAUACUUCACCACAAAUAAUCUCUAUUUUGGGAGCUCAAAAUCAAUCAAAAGCUAAAGAAGAGAAUCUAGCUCAAGGCAUUAAAGUAAUUGAAAAAGAGAUAAAGCAGCCACUAAAUGAAAAUAUAGCUCCUGACACUAUUAAUUCAAGCCUAUGCCAAAAUGAAAAUAUUCAAAAUAAAAGUGUUUUAAUUUCAACCGUCCCUGCAUUACUAGAAAAUAAUUCAAACAGUACUCCUUUUCAAUCUAAUGUCGGAAAACCAAUCCUCCAGCCUUGCAAAAUUAUUGCUUCUCCACCACCGCCACCACCAAAUAUUAAAACAGCUGUUCAGCCUCCACCCCCUCCACCUUUGCCUUCAAAUACUCAGCCUAUUCUUAACACAAAUAAGAGCAUCCCCCCUCCACCUCCUCCCUGCCAAGCCUUUGCUCCCCGUUUCAAAACUUUAUUUUGGCCCAAAAUUAACGAAAAUACCACAGGAACUGUUUUUGAUUUUCCAAAGCCCCUAUCUGCCAAUUAUGACAUAUUAAAUAAAUUUCCUUAUGUUUUACCCAAAAAGAUUCCUACUCCCAGCUCUGCAAAAUCUAAGUCUCUUAUUUCCCACAAGAGAGAAAUCGCAAUCUCCUCUGCUUUAAGAGCAUUGAGCUUAGCUCCUGAUCAAAUAAUCAGAAAGUUAAUAACCUGCUCUGCUGAUUUGUGUGAAGACUAUGAGAAGUUAUCAAUUCUUUAUAGAGUUUUUCCUGAGGAUGCUGAACUUCUGCCUUUGAAACAUAUCAAAAUUAAUGAUGAAUCUCAAUACACUUCUUCAGAACUUUUUAUGAUCAAGCUUGCUGAAAUCCCAAAUUUAAAGCUUUUAGUAAACUCCAUUUAUUUCAAGUCCACAUUCUAUAUAACUAUAGAAGAUUUAAAACUUUGCUUGCAAAACUGAAGCAGUCUAUGCAUAAGACUACUUAACAAUUCUCGGCUAAAACAUUUUGUAAACUUAGUGCUAACACUUGGUAACGAAAUGAAUAAAAAUCAUCCAAAGUUUGGCUCAGCCAAAGGCUUUAAAAUUGAAUAUCUUAAUGAGCUUUUCUCUAUCAAAAGUGUAGAUUCUUUAUCGUUACUUGAGCUAUUAUCAGAACAGUUUAAAUCUGAAAAUAAUGGAAAUCCACAAAUUUUUUCUUCAGCAGAGCUUGCACUUUUGCAGGAAAUUUCUAAUGCAAGCUUCACAGCUCUCCAAUCAGCUCAUAUUGAUUUUUAUAAGCAAUUUAGAUCAUUAUCAAAUAUAAAAUUCAAUAAAGAAUUUGAUGAAAAUAUGGAAAAUUUUGUUAGUGAAGUCAUUGAAGACGUUGAAAACGAAAUGAAUAUAUAUGAAAAUUGUAUGGAAAAUGUGAAAAAAUGUCAUGAAUAUUUUUUAGAAAAGGAGGAAAAAGACGAAGAAGGCAGAUUGAUGAUGUUUAUAAAUUUGAAAAAAUUCAGUGAAAGCCAUAUUGAAAUUUGUAAGCAAAAGUGGAAUUAUGUAAGUAGAGAAAGCAAGAGACUUACAGUGCUGCCAAGUGGGAAAUUGUCGUUAAGAAGGGUAAGCAAAGUUAAUGGUAUGAAUAAUUAA